CAUGCAUGAAAUCAUAUCCAAAUUUAUUCUAUCUUUAUUUUGUUCAUUUCUUGUGUGACAUUAUUUAAUACUUUCACAACCAUGUGGGCAAUUGUAUAUUUUAAUUUUUGAACCACUUGAAAGAUAACCAUUGGAGGAGAAUGGAGUUUCUUCUAGGUGUCCUUGUGAUGAUUGUAUUAUUGGGAAAUAGCAUUUAUGCCUAUGGUGCCAUUAAUCAACUUUCUUGGAGAGAAAUCAGCAAUAUUAAUAACGAAGGACCAUCUAUUGGUAUAGUUGUGCCAAAUGCCUAUGAGUUGAACCCUCUUCUUCAUUCAUCAAGCUUUGUGCCACAUAACAAGUUUCCAUACUUUGACUUUGCUGGAAGACAUUUUCGGAUUGGUGAAUUGGAAAAGAAGAAGGUUAUUGUUGUUAUGAGUGGAGAGGGUAUGCUAAAUGCAGGUCUUGCAACUCAAUUGUUGCUUACUUUAUUUAAUAUAGAAGGAGUUCUACAUUAUGGAAUUGCAGGUAAUUUAAAUUCUAGAUUCCAAAUUGGAGAUGUGACUAUUCCAAAGUAUUGGGCACACACAGGACUUUGGCAUUGGCAGAGAUUUGGUGAAGACAUUGGAGAUUUCGGCACAGAAUUGGGCUAUCUUAAGUUUUCGAAUUACAAUAACUACACAAAACAUUCCAAAUCAGAGGAAAAUUUGUUGAACAAGGUUUGGUAUCAACCAGAGAGAAUUUUUCCUGUUGAUGGAACUCCUGAAGUUUGGCAGCCUGUUUUUUGGGUUCCAGUUGACAAAACUUACUUUGAAAUUGCAAGAAAGCUCAAGAAUGUUGAAUUGAGUAGUUGUGUAAACACAACUUGCUUACCAAGAAAGCCUAUUGUGGUGAGAGUAAAGAAAGGGGUCACUGCCAAUAUAUUUGUUGACAACAAAGCAUAUAGAGAUCAUUUGAAUUGUAAAUUCGAUGCUACUCCAACAGACAUGGAAAGUGCUGCAGUUGCUUUAGUUUGUUUCCAACACAAAAUACCUUUCAUUGCCAUUAGAGCAUUGUCUGAUUUUGCUGGAGGAGGUUCAGCAUUGUCCAAUGAAGCAUCUAUCUUCUUAUCUUUAGCCUCUCAAAAUGCAUUUCAUGUUCUUGUCAAAUUCAUAUCUUUAUUAUAAUUCAGUAGCUUUAAUCCCUUUCUCAUGAGCAAGGGUCAUUUUGAGAGGGAAAAAGAAAUUAUGUGUUUCAAAUUCUCUCUUAGAUUAUAUACUCAAAAUGAAAUAUAAUUAUUCUUUAUUGAAUUUGAAAUGCAAUAAUAUUGUCAUCUCUUCUACUAGGUCA